AGUUAAGUUUAGUAACAAUUGUUGUGACGUAAUGUCAGUGCCUUUUAGUUCACAAAACAAACACAUUAUGACCGACAUUACGAUGGACUGCAACGGCAUCGGCGGUAAUGAUGGACAACAAGCUAUGGAUACGAGUGGUGACCGAAAUGACAUGAUUACCAACAAUAACGAAACGAUUUCAGACGCGAUUGACAUCAAUGACAGACCACUUUGUCGACUGCGAAGGUAUUUGUUAUUUGGCUGCGAAAACAAUGUUGUCCUCAGCUUUCGGUAUUCGUCGUUAACGGCGUAUCUGGACUUUGGUCACAACGGACUGAAGAGUGUACCGAAACAACGGACACUGCAAUGUGUGGACAGUUUGUGGCGAUCGGUAGAAAAGUUAGAUUUUGAGAAACAAAAGUCAAUGUCUAAAGAGAUUCACGAUGUGAUCAACGAUUGUUUACCACAUUUAAGACCCAAUUGUUUUCCACGUCUUUUAUGGUCUCUAUUCAAGUGUCAGAAUCCUGACGCCGAGCAGAGGUCACCGUUGCGGUCGUUGGCCUACACUUUGUUUCGCAAACCAUACAUACACUCAACCGAUGUAUUACUUUUUGCAUCACUCGUUGGCCGACAAACUAUCAAUAGUUCGCAUCAAUUGAGACAUCUUUUUAAGCAAUACUACGACAAUGAAGUCGACGAUAAACUCAUUGAAGAAAGUCUAGUGUUUGGUAAUCAAUUUGGUUGGACUCAUAAAGAUAUUAUUAAAUUGUGUCAUUUUAAGACCAAUUCGGUGACAAUGCCUUUGUUUCGGUACAAGAAUAUGCCUGAAAAUGUUGAGCCGACACCUGUCGAGAAACGGUUGGCUGUCUUGCGGUCCACUAAAUCGAAAUUACACGAAAUAGUCAGUACUUUGGACGACACACUACUUGAGCCGAACUGUUGGUUUCGGGCGCUAAACACUAUUUGGCGAAAGGAUUCGAUAAUUUGGCGAAAACUUAUCGAAAGUCUGGCCGACGACCGAUUGCUUCAGACUAUUCCUCAUAUUAUCAUCAAAUUUCCGAACAGUCAUCGAUUAUUUGAAGACAUUAUUCUACGUCUUCAGCGAAAAGAAACUAAAUUGACGUCAAAUUUCCUCAAAAAUAUUGUAUUUUAUUUGUGUCAACACAAAUACAAUGAGUGCCAGAAUUACGGAUUGACACAAAAAACACGACUUCUCCAUCAAAUGACAACAACAUUGCAAAGGUUGACAAUUCCUAAACAAAUCGACGACGAAAUUGUAGUGAUAUUUGACAAGAAUAUCGAUUUUAACCGUCCAUUUCUGUUCGGUUUGGAGAAGAAAAAUCGCAUUCGACCGGAUCUGUUGGACCAAAUGAUGAUCAAAGAUUUUAUAUAUAUUUUGUUGAAUUCAUUCAACUGUUUUGUGCCAAUCAAUGGUCAAUUGCAAAACAUAUUGUUUGUCAAUACGACUGCCAGUAGUGGACAGUACGAUACACUGGAAUAUCCAUUCAUUGAUAUGAAUGUAAAUUGGAAAAGACGAGUCAUUUUUGUGACAAACAUUCAACAGGACUAUAAUGAAUGGACUGAUAAUUUGGAUAACAAAUUGAUUAUUAUUCAUAUAAAUAGUAUUGAAUUCGUCAAAAUUGGUUCAUAUCAACCAAACGUUCUAGUGCUAAAUGGUUUUGACGUGAAAUGGGAGUCAUAUAUAUCCAACUUUUUCAACUUACAUAUCAAAUAAUUACAAGUAAAGUGCCAAAUGUUUAGCCGUAAUAAAUGCCAUUUACAGUGCCAUUUGAGUCACAUAAUUACCAAAAUUAUAUAUUUAUCUCAUAAUUACACUAAUUAUAGCUUUUUGAAAUAAUAUAUUUAUAUAUUUUGUAUU